AUGUUGACGUCUAACGCAACACUUGUUUCUUCCAUUAGUACAUCCACUAUCACCUCCACUAUGAGUACCACUACUGAAACCAACGAUCCCAGCCUCACAACCAACUGCUGUUUGUCCGGCAUUAUUGCAACUAAAGCCCCCGACAUCAACACCACUGUUGUCACUACCACCAUAGCUCCCACCACUACAAUAGCCAAAAGCCUAACCAACCUUGAUAUAACUGAAAUGGACGCAAUGACGACUCCGUCGCCCGACAAUUCCUCAACUGCAAACAGUUCCACAGAUGCUAAUGUCACAGAUAUGGUAACCACUACUACUAUCAAUCCAACCACCACUUCAGCGGACCCAACAACAAUCACAUUAACCACUGUCACAACUUCUGCCACUACCACCAAAAUUACCUUAAAACCCGCCUCGUCUCUUAUGAAGAUUGAAGACUUGGAUGAAUUGUUGGCAAAUCAGAUGUUAUUCGGAGACCCAAAACACUAUUACCCCGAAGAGGCGUCGGAUAUGCAGAAAUAUUGCAACGGUCAAAAGAAGUUGACGGUACCGUUUCUAAGUGGUGAGUUCCAAAGUCUGUAUCCCAACAAUCCGUUGGUCCAAAACGUGGGCAAAGUGUUGGCAGAAGAGGGGGCGGCAUAUAUUGCUAGAGCCUGUCAUCCGAAGAAUACAAAGGGAGGUCAGAGACUACAGAAGAAAUCGAUGGCCGCUAACAUGGCGUGCAGAGAGGCGAAGAGUCACCGAGAUGGCUUCAACGAGUUACUCACCGAAGCUGGCAGACAAGGCACUAAAAUUAAAUUGACCAGGCUUGCGUGUGUUUUAAACUUAUGGACGUCUAAAACGGUUGGAAUAUUUGCGGAAGAACUGGAUUUACGCGAUGAGAUCAAAGACUACGUGGAGAAGGGUUUCAACAAAAUAAUCAAGAUAUUGGAGGACGAGAUGAAGUUUAAAACGAUGCAACAAUAGGGGGCGGCAUAUAUUGCUAGAGCCUGUCAUCCGAAGAAUACAAAGGGAGGUCAGAGACUACAGAAGAAAUCGAUGGCCGCUAACAUGGCGUGCAGAGAGGCGAAGAGUCACCGAGAUGGCUUCAACGAGUUACUCACCGAAGCUGGCAGACAAGGCACUAAAAUUAAAUUGACCAGGCUUGCGUGUGUUUUAAACUUAUGGACGUCUAAAACGGUUGGAAUAUUUGCGGAAGAACUGGAUUUACGCGAUGAGAUCAAAGACUACGUGGAGAAGGGUUUCAACAAAAUAAUCAAGAUAUUGGAGGACGAGAUGAAGUUUAAAACGAUGCAACAAUGUGAUUUCUAUGGCUUCACUAAACUUGAUACAAUACCAUAUAAAUCGAUUCAAUUGCUUUUGCUUAGAGCCAUCAAUAAUCUUGCUAAACACUAA